AUGCUACCAGCUGACACCCCCCUUUCGGAUUUUCCGGGCACCUCUAGAAUCCUGGCUCUGGGCCCCUCCCAGUCGGGGUUUAAAGAGUUAAUUGAGCUCAGACUAUCACCAACGCCUGGAGACGGGAGCUUUCCACUAACCCUGUCUUAUCUCUUAUCUCCUCAGUGCAGCAGCUGCGACAACUCCUCGGCCAGAUGUUGGUGUCUGGACUGUAACGAAGCUCUGUGCGACGUCUGCGUGUCGGCUCACCGCAGAGUCACUCUGACCAGAUCCCACAGGAUCCUCAACCAGCCGGCGGCAGGAUGCGUCUCGACUCCUCCCACCAAGUUCUGCAGGCUCCACCCCUCCGAGCCGCUCAAACUCUUCUGUUUCACCUGUAAACAGGUCACCUGCAGAGACUGUCAGCUCAUGACUCACAUGAACCACAGCUAUCAGUUUGUUAGCGAAGCGUUGAGCAACCUGAAGAAGCAGCUGGAUGACCUGGUUCAGCCAAUCAGAGCACAGCGAGCCACAGCGAGGCAGAGUCUUCUGGACAUGGAGACCAGGCUGCAGCAGGUGUCUGAGAGUCAGUCGAACCUGAAGGAGGAGCUGCAGCAGUCCUACUUUAUCAUAACUCAACACCUGAAAAGGAGGAUGGAAGAACUUUUAAAAGAGAUCAAGAAGGUGUGUGAGCUGGAGCGUGAGACGAUUCAGAGGAAGAUGACGAAGCUGAAGCAGAUGCAGCAGAAUCAACAGUUGGUGACUGAAACUGCAGAAAAAGCCCAGAACGCCAGCGACCUGUUGACUCUGCUAGCCUACACGGCUGAGAUUGAGUCUCAGAUGAAGAACCUUCCUGAUCGGGACUCAUCUCCUCCUCAGACCAUGUUUCAGAUGAAUGUCGUCACUGAAAGGACUUCUCUGGAGGCCAUUUUGAAGUUUGGUGAACUUCAAGUUUCAUGGAUCCCUUUCUCUGUCCCGCAUAAAUCCUCAAAUCAGAACAUAGCCACUCCAGCCUCCUCCACCUCCACCUCAUCUUCCCAUCUCAACUGCACCCGUCCUGCACCACUCCCCCAAACCAAGACCAGUAGUGACACUGACUCACCUGUUCCACCUGUUCCAGUCAACUGUUCCUCUGCAGUGUCAAAUUCUUCGUCCAGUCCGUUGGGUCCUCCUCCCCCCUACUCUUCCAGGUCACUCUCCACCUCCUUCACGUCGUCCAACUCGUCCCAGUCCUCAGCCACUCCUCUUACCUUCCUGUCGACCCUCUCUCAAACUGGGAACACCUGUGACACUAACUCACCUGUUCUGGUCAGCUUGCCCUCUUCACGUAUGUCUUCGUCCAAUCAGUUGAGUCUUCCGCCCUCCUCCUGCCUGAGCUCCAACCAAUCCAUUAUUCCUGUGACCACAACCACCACAGUUACUUCCCUUACAACUGCACAGGGUCCAUCCUCUUCUGUGAGGACGUUCUCUCACCUGGGAACUAACCUGAAACCGGUGUUGCUGCCAUUGAAUAAUGUUCCUACCUCAGUGAAACUGCAGCCUGUCAGCUUGAGUUUCACCUCGUCAGCAGGUGCAUCGCCGUCCUUCGCGGUUGUCAAACUUGCCAAACCCUCAACAGUUUUGAACCAACUGAUGGCUCCCCAUCAGAGCAACACCGCCUUCUUGAUGACCAACACACAGACGGCGUACCAGUUGUCCUGCUGGCCCUCCGGCUUCCAGUCAGUGGUGCCUCAGUUUCCCGUGCUGCUCAAUCAGACGGUGUCUUACGCCUUACCUGGAAACGCCUGUCUUCAAAAGCAGGAAAACUGCAGCAGUCUUAAGAUGUGCCCCGCAGCCACCACAGGAAAUCAAAUCCCCGUCGGACUGAGUCAAACAACUCUGCCAAGCCACGAGCAAAAAGCAGACAACCAACCUCUAAAUUCCACGAACUCUACAACUGUAACCAGUGGCGCUCUGUCUUCUGAAAUCAGCCCUAAUUCUGCCUUUCUGAAACUCCAGCAGCUGUGUCUUCCCCUCCCUGUCACGCCACCCACGUCCACCUGUCUUGCUCCCACCUGCAGGCCCCUCCCCCACACUGCCCCACCUGUUCCAGACGACCAUCUCACGGCAUCACGGACGACCACAUCCGAUCAGUUGUGUCCUUCCUACUCAUCCUCCGUCACUCCUCCUACAACUACCUAUCUUACCCCCUCCUGCGAGACCCUUCCUCAAACCGAGAACACCUGUGACACUGACUCACCUGUUCCAGUGAACUCUCCUCCUCCCUCCUCCUGCACAGGCAUCAACCAAUCCAGUGUUCCUGUGACCACAACAACUGAAGUUACAAGCGGCGCUCUGAACUCCUCCGAGGGUCCCACCACCAGCCCUCUGAAACACCAGCAGCAGAGUCCGGUGGUGAAGGCGGUGGCGGACUCCGCCUGUGAUCGCAGCGUACAGCAGGUUGUAGCGAGGCAGCACGAACAUGCAGAGAAUGAACCGACGUCCACCAUGUCUGAAGAAACUGAAGCUGCAGGGAAGCCAUUUACACCUGAAGUAUCAGACAAAGACGAACCGAUUGCUGAGAUCGGACACCCGGACUACAGUCUAAGCAAAUGGCAGCCCAGAGUGCGUCUUUUCAGACUGCCUGUAUCCCCGCCCCACCCUGGACGUACCCUCACUGGUUAUCGCCUGGUCCCCGGUGAUGCUAAAGAUGAGAUUUACCUGGAAAAGAUGAGCAAGGACUCUCAGUCCCAUGUUGAUGACAUCGUAGACGACUUAAUGGAGCCGCUGUCACCCCCAGAGUCUCCCGUGACUCUGCAGAUUGUUUCCUGCUCGGCCUGUGGAUCAGCCAACGGGUCCAUAAUCUGCUGGUCCUGCGGUCGAGGAUACCACAGAGACUGUCACGUUCCCCCUGUCGGACCUGACAUCUGGUCAGAGUGGACCUGUUCGCUGUGUCAGGACCUGUCAGACCCCUCAGACCCCUACAGCUCUGACAGACCACGAAGACCUCAGAGUCCCUGUCUCAGUCUGCUGGACCAGAGGAGGUGUGAGAGUCUGCUGCUGCACCUGAAGGUGGAGGGAUGCCAACGACUUUCUGAGCUCGGCGUCUGGCCUCAGCUGAAGGAGAUGUCGGAGCGCCUGACGCUCCAUCGGCCUCCUGCGUAUCCGAGCGCCGCAGAGCUCCUCUCAGACAUCUGGAGCCUCUUCAACGACGCCUCGCAGGACGACGACGCUCUGAACGAACUGCAGGAGAGUUUCCAGAGCAGAGAGAUGGAGAUCUUCAGCUCAGAGCUUCACCCUUCAGCGCUGACGCCUCUGAGCGGCGGCGGGAACGCCGAGGGAGAGGACCCCGCAGUCAGGCGUCCGCUCGGUCCGCUGCGCGCCGAGGCGUCGGACGGAGACGAGGUCGAGGAGGAGGACUUGAAGGGAUCCGAGGUCACGCCGAAGAAGCAGGAAGUGAUCACCAGCGAGUCGGAGCUGAAGAAGACGAGGAAGAGGCUGAGAGACUUCCUGGACCUGAUGGGAACGUCAGGACCCAAGAGGACAAAGACACGAUCACAUGUUUAGGAUCAGUAACGACCGAUCGCAAGCAUUCCUUUUGUACGCCACCUGAAGCGCCCGCGCUCUACCUCAGCACACGCUGGAAGAGUUUUAAUAAAGUGUUGAAUAAAUGUUUGAUUUGAACGCUG